UGCUCAAAACACAGGCUUUAUAGGAGCACCACAAAAUGAGUCUUGCAACAACCAGGAAGUGUCACGUCGUCAGCUGGUGACCUUUGACCAGUCAGACUUUGACCUAUGACCUCUACAAGAUUCCAACAUGGCCGCCAACACGAAGGAAAAUCUGCGAAUCUCGUGGUUUUUGUGUAAUUUCUUGGUGUUCCUUGCCUUCCAGAAGACGCGGGUUGGUGGGGAGAUGCAGUGCGUGAAGACGGGCCCGUGUAGCUGUGAGAUGGCGGACGGGUCUGGCGGGAUAGACCUCAUAACACUGGCACAAGUCGGAGAACCGAUGGUGUAUGAUGAACAGGGCAGGGACUUGAACUUUUAUUCCUUCAACCCGUGCCUACCAUUCGAGGAACCAAACGGAAUUGAUGUGUGCGCUAACGUGGCAGUGUGCAUGUACAGGGAGGUGGGAGGGGUGGACACAUACUACAACUGUGGGGAGCACCUGUACUCUGACUUUGUUUACAACAACGAUACUGGAUACAUUGAUCUUGUUUAUACAGGUGGAUAUGAGCUGGGGGAUGUCCGUCACACUAUCAUCCAUCUUGAGUGUGGCCUCAUCUUCGACCUUGACAUCGAAGGCUACCAGGAAGACACCAGGACGGUUGUCAUGACGAUGGCCACGCCCUGUGCCUGUGUGACGGGCUGCGAGGGGUUCAAAGACCUGAGCGCGGGAUCUGUGUUACUCAUCAUAUUCACAGUUUCCCUGGGCUUUUACUUUGCUGCUGGUGCUUUUUACCUCCACACGGUGAGAGACAAGCAAGGCAGAGACAUGAUCCCCCACCUCCACAUGUGGACCGAGCUGUUGAGUCUCAUCAGGGACGGGUGCUGCUUUGUUCUGGGGCCUUGCCGGGGAAACAAUCCCGACGUGCUGUACUCCCAGUACGAGAGACCCUCGCAGUACGAGAGGCCAGAGUACGACGGGCCUGUGUAACCAUGGCGAUGGUAACCAUGGUGAUGAUUGUCCGUAAAUAUUUGUUUUUGCCAGUCGAUUUUACAGCAGGAGUUAUCUCCAGGCAGAUCUACCGGUAGCAUAAGGAGUUCAGCUGAGCAAUGUUAUCAAAAAGGCUAAUGAAUACAUGUACCUUUACCUUAGAUAUUUCAAGAGUUAGCAAUA